AUGUAUGCGCAUUCCUUCUUUUUGAAGAUCAACUUUUUACAUUCCGGACGGAGCUUAUCUGUUAAGCUAAUCCGAUACUCACAUCCGACCUUCGACCGCACGCUGGAAAGGAAACGGUGUAAGACUGGCUGUAAGCACGUUAUGGCUGUCUGCCAUGCAAAUCCUGUGUCUUUCGAUGUAUAUUUCCAAAACUUGUCCAACACCUAUUUAGCCCUGACCGGGAGAUGUUCGUUAGCUACUCCAACGAAACUAUGGUUGCACUGCACAAAGCUUGCCAAAGUUUUGGGCCAAUUUGCUCGAAUUUGUGGAAAACCUACCCAGAAUUGGACAAGAUUGGACGAGCUUUUUGAAAUUGCCAGUCAGAAUAAUGCGCAGGAUGUUUGA